AUGAAUGAACACAACGAGAGUAAGACCUUUUCUGGCGUGUAUGACGUCACCUCCCACGUGCGACAGACACCAGAAGAAAACCAAAUUGACAGAUUAGAAACUCCGAAGUAUGAGGACCUCGACUUGAAAGUACAACUGAAUAACGACAGCGAGGUUAUUGUAGAAAUGAAUGGUCUAGUGUACCCGGUAGAUACAGAUGAUCUGGUAUUAAAAAGAAAAACAAACAGUCGACGAAAGAUAAAGAAAUCUCCCUUUCAUAGAGAACAAACAAAUUGUCGUCUUUGGGAAUUCAUACGCGACCUUCUUUGUAAUCCACGAUAUAACCCAGAUAUCGUAACGUGGUCCAAUAAAGAAGAAGGCGAAUUUCGUGUGGUCAAAACCAAAGAAAUCGCCAAAAUGUGGGGAAAAAAGAAAAACAACGAAGGCAUGACAUAUGAAAAACUUAGUAGAGCCUUAAGGUAUUAUUACAAGACGAAGAUCUUAAUGCCUGUUAUAGGAAAACGACUUAUAUACCAAUUUGGUCCGUCUUCUUAUGGGUGGAAGUAG